GAAUCAUAACUGAAGAUCAAGAACUUAUCCUACAAAAUAAGAAUUUGAAUAAAACCAAAGACCUCACAAUUGAAGAAAUUGAAGUUUGCCUCAUGUGUGCCUUUCAAAAUAAUACCAAAGUUGAGGAAAAGAAGGCUAUUAAGGACAAGUUUGGGGAGGACAAUGAGGUUAUCAAGGAUCGGAGGAGGGGAAAUCAACAAUAUAUUUUCCUUACCAACCUAAAACAUAACUAG